UUAUCAUAGUGUGUAUAUAUAUAGCAUAGUAGCAUACUAGCAUAUAAAGCGCUAAUUCAAAAUCAAUAUACGUACUUAAUUAGUUCCUAAAAAAACUUCAAACUACAAAUGGAUUUGAACUUGCUGUUCUACGCUCUCAUUUUCUUAGUCUCCUACAUAAUAACCCAAAAACUCUUACACAAACUUCGAAAGCUUCCACCCACACCUUUUCCCACCUUACCAAUCUUGGGACACCUCCACCUCCUAAAGAGCUCAACCCAAAUCCACCGGACCCUAGCAAAGGUCUCAGACCGCUACGGUCCGGUGGUUCAACUCUGGCUAGGGUACCGCCGUACCCUCCUUGUGUCCUCAGCUUCAGCUGCCGAGGACUGCCUUCACCACAACGAUGUCAUCUUCGCCAACCGGCCUCGUCUCCUCGGAGGAAAGAUCCUAGCAUACGACUACACCACCUUGUUGUGGGCACCUUACGGCUCUUUAUGGCGCAACCAUCGUAGGAUAGCAGCAACUGAAAUAUUGUCCCCUCAUCGACUCCACUUAUUAGCUGACAUACGAGCUGAUGAGGUACGAUCAUUGCUUAAGAAUAUCAAUGAUCAAGCUGCUUUAGGAAAUGAUAGUAAGGUGGAGAUUAAGACGGCACUUGUCGAGUUGACGUAUAAUAUUAUGAUGAGGAUGAUUGCUGGGAAGAGGAUGGAUUCUGAAGAGGGCAAGAGAUUUAAGUUGUUGCUUAAAGAGUUGUUGUCUCUUGGUGGGGCGUUUAAUCCUGGAGAUUUUUUCCCUUUUUUCAAGUAUUUGGGUUUAAAUAAGGCAGCUGAGAAAAAAAUUACGGCUAUUUUUGUUAAACUUGAUGGAUUUUUCCAGGAAUUGGUGGAUGAGCAAAGAAGGAUAAUGGAGAAAGAGGGAGAUAGUGAUGGUAAUAAUAUGAAAAGUAAGAACUUAAUUCAGGUUUUGCUUGGAUUGCAGAAAACUGACCCUACUUACUCUACUAAUGAUAUCAUCAAAGGCCUAAUUCAGAUAUUAUUUUUAACGGGAACAGAAACGUCAUCUAGCACAGUGGAAUGGGCAACGGCAUUACUACUAAAACAUCCUGAAAUCCAGGACAAGGUGAGAAAAGAGAUCAUUGAACAAGUAGGACAUGAUCGCUUGAUCGAGGAACAUGAUCUUCAACAUCUUCCGUAUCUUCAUUGCAUAAUAAAUGAGACACUACGUAUGUACCCUGUUGCUCCCAUUGUACCGCCUCAUGAGUCUUCGGAAGAUUGUGUGGUAGGAGGAUAUCAUAUUCCUAAAGGUACCAUGCUAAACGUGAAUUUAUGGGCUAUUCAAAAUGACCCUAAAGUUUGGGAUGAGCCAAGACAAUUCAAGCCUGAGAGAUUUGAAAAUGUUGAAGGUGAAAGAAUUGGAUAUAAGUUCAUGCCCUUUGGAUCUGGAAGAAGAUCUUGUCCUGGUGAGAAUAUGGCGAAACGCGUCGUCGGGUUAGCUUUAGGAUCGCUGAUACAAUGCUUUGAAUGGGAAGGUGGUGAGGAAGAGAUUGACAUGGAAGAACAGGUUUCAGUUAGUAUGUGGAAGGCCAACCCCUUGCAAGCUAAGUUUAAGCCUCGCAAACAAAUGAUAAAGUUAUUAUCUCAAAUUUAAAAAGACAUGAUUUAGAUUAAUAGCAGCUUCUACUAUGACAUCCUUUGAAGAGUAUGAUUAUAUAUAUCCUUUUAGGAUUCUAAACAAAAAUGAUAUGUUCAGAUUUUUUUAAAGUGUGUUUUGUUUAAAGGAUACUUUCUUGUUUAAGAAAUCUAUUGUAACAAUUUGUUAUACAUCCCAGCCCAUUUGUAUCAUAUUAGCUUUAUUAGGAUAGUGAAUGAAAGAUGGUUUUUCAAAUUUCUUGUCAUCAUCAGGCUAUACUUAUUCUCGAGAAAACAUGAAUCUUGACCUUUCAGUACAUGAUGCUGUCAGGAUUGUUAUUUUGCAA